AGAAGCACAGCGGCCAUUUUGCUCGGAAGGGGGCCUCGGCUUCAACACGUGAGAGACAGGAGCCUGAAGAAACAGAAACAGCCCAGAAUAUCUGCCUCCACGUUCAUAUUAUUCAUGCGCGAUCCGACAGAGGCAUAGGAAGCCAACACAAUGCCCACAAUUACUCUACCGCCGAAGGAGAAUGCUCUGUUCAAGAGAAUAUUGAGGUGUUACGAACACAAGCAGUACAGAAAUGGACUGAAGUUCUGCAAACAGAUCCUGGGAAACCCAAAGUUUGCAGAACAUGGAGAAACACUGGCCAUGAAAGGUUUAACCCUCAACUGUUUAGGAAAGAAGGAAGAGGCGUAUGAGCUGGUGAGACGAGGACUGCGCAAUGAUCUCAAGAGCCACGUCUGCUGGCAUGUUUAUGGCCUACUGCAGCGCUCGGAUAAAAAGUACGACGAGGCCAUCAAGUGUUACCGAAAUGCUCUUAAGUGGGACAAGGACAACCUGCAGAUCCUCAGAGACCUGUCUCUAUUGCAGAUCCAGAUGAGAGACUUGGAGGGGUACAGGGAGACUCGCUACCAGCUGCUGCAGCUGCGUCCAGCCCAGCGCGCCUCCUGGAUCGGAUAUGCUGUGGCCUACCACCUGCUGGAGGACUUUGAAAUGGCUGCUAAGAUUGUUGAAGAGUUCCGCAAAACACAACAGACAUCUCCAGACAAGGUGGACUACGAGUAUAGUGAACUGUUGCUGUAUCAGAACCAGGUCCUGAGGGAGGCGGGUCUGCAUAAAGAAGCCCUUGAUCACCUCAAAAACUAUGAGAAACAGAUCUGUGACAAACUGGCUGUGGAGGAAACUAGAGGAGAACUGCUGCUGAAGCUGCAAAGACCUGAGGAGGCCUUAGAGGUCUACAGGAGACUCCAGGAGAGGAACCCUGAGAACUGGGCCUACUACCAGGGUCUGGAAAAGGCUUUAAAACCUGGCAGUGUAGAAGAGUGUCAGAACAUUUAUGAAGAGGCCUGGGUGAAGUUUCCUAAAGGACUGGUUCCUCGAAGGCUGCCUCUGAACUUUCUCACAGGUAAGUGCGAUGCAGCAUCACCACCACAGCAAGGAGUUUUUUAAGGACAAA